AUGGUCGAAGAUGUGAUGACGAUGAAGGAGGAGGAGGAGAGAGUGAGAGCUGUUGAGGAUAUGACAUCAUUUAUGCCAUGUUUUUGUCCAGAUUUAACAUGUUUUACAUGCUACGUACGAGCAGUUUUUAGAGCAAUCGUUUUAAUACCCAAUCCUGAUGAGCAAUCAAUUACCCAUUAUAUCAUGAAUAGUCAUACGGGUGCAAAACGGCCAAUCAUAAAAACUGUUAUUCAUUUUUUAUUAAUAAAUCACAUGCUUGAAUCCAAAUCAGAAUACAUAAUUUUCGGGAAUGAUGCAGAUACGCGUGCAGUCGACAAUUAUUCAAGCGAGAUUCGUGUGCCGAUGGAAGAACUUAGCCCUGACGUCACAGAAGCAGCAACAAGUAAUAGUGUUCUUGACGACGGUCCUCGGCAUGUGAAUAAUAAUCAACACGUCGUCGCUAGCUCGAAUUUUGUGUGCGACGUAUGCAAUAGACCGUGUUUGUCUGCGGCUGGACUCGCAAGC